AUGUGGACUUCAAUCUUCAUUCCCGCAGCGUACUUGCUCCAAUCGACAACGGCCAUCACUGAUGGUGGAGUGAAGGAAUUGCCUGCGACAGAAAUACCAAGUUUUGUCCUGGAAUAUGCACCGCUCGUAUGGCUGCAUAGUCAGGAUGUGUACAUGCCUUCCGACAUUGGCCAGCAGCUGGUGCACACUACACCGAUGGUGGACUGGAAAGGCAUCUCAGGGGCCUCGUCGCCUUUGACUCUGGACAAUCUUGACAGCCUGAAUGAUCUGGGAAACACGAGCGUUUAUUUGACAUCGCAUGAGGGCAUCGAUGCACAGCCUCAACCGCCAUGGUUCCGUGGCACCGUCCCGGACCAGCAAGGUAAGACGGAGGGUGCGAUCUCAUCGGUGAUUGUGGUUCGUGAUCACAACAAUGGAACCUUAGAUGCCUUUUACUUCUAUUUCUAUGCGUAUAAUCAAGGCAAUACCGUUCUGGGAAUGGAAUUCGGCGAUCAUAUUGGCGAUUGGGAGCAUAAUAUGAUUCGGUUCCAGAAUGGCAGCCCUCAAGCAAUCUGGUACAGCCAGCAUGCUGGAGGACAAGCUUUCACCUACAACGCGACUGAAAAGCAAGGCAAGCGGCCGUACGCAUAUUCGGCAAACGGGACGCAUGCAGUCUACGUUAUUGCCGGGAACCACGACCAUGCCAUUCCCCAUUUGAACCUCCCAGUAGGAUUCGUUGUUGAUCAUACCGACCGCGGAAAGUUGUGGGAUCCGACGCUGAGCGCUUACGCAUACAGCUAUGAUGCCAACAGCAGAACCUUCUUGCCAUAUGACCCUAGCUACCCGGUAAACUGGUUGAAUUACAACGGUCAGUGGGGAGACGAUGCACUGCCUGGAGGACCAGAGCUUUUCGGGCAAGCGAAAUAUACCGCUGGCCCAAAUGGCCCAAAAUUCAAGAAGCUUCUUCGCGAGAAAGUGUGCCCGAGCGAUCCAUGCACCGUUCUCCCGUUUCGGAUUUGGAUGGAAACGUCAGAAGAGCAACAGAGGGCGUGA